UGUUUUUCUAAAAAUCACUUUAAUUUCAGAUAAAAUGGCUUUUUGAAAGAUAUUUUUGAAAUAGGACAAUCCAGUAUUAAUAAAAUAGGAAUCUAUCUGAACUCGUAUGACAGAACUAGUUGUUACCGGUAACAUGCCAGGCUCCCAGCAAGAGCAGAGUACUGUACAGAGCAGACGAAGUAGAGACAGUUCUAGGCAGGAUUUGUUACCUGAUGACCCGGCUGGUCGACCUACCAGACCGGAGAGAGUCAGGAGGCAACAGGUCGAAAGACAGAUCGAGGAGGAAGACGAAGAGGAACUGAGUUUAAAAUACGGAGCUCAUCAUGUGAUAAAACUGUUUACUCCAGUCACCCUGUGUAUGGCAGUUGUAGUUGCUACAAUAUCAUCUAUAACCUACUACACGGAGAAGGGAACAUAUUUAGUGUACACACCGUUCCAUGAGACUAGCGACAAUGCUGGAACUAUUGCUUGGAACGCUCUGGCAAAUGCUGGUAUUAUGCUGGCCGUCAUUGCUGUUAUGACAGGUGAAAAUCUUAUUGUUAAUUUAAUGCUACUGUUCCUGUUCUCCUACCUGUACCUCUCCGAAGUUCUGAAAGCAUACAACCUGCCUAUGGAUUACAUCACGCUCGCGAUUAUAAUAUGGAAUUUUGGAAUAGUUGGAAUGAUGUCAAUCUACUGGAAGGCACCCUUGAUACUUCAACAGGCCUACCUGAUAUUUGUGUCUGCCCUGAUGGCCCUGAUAUUUAUCAAGUAUCUACCCAACUGGACUACCUGGGUUGUACUCGGUGUAAUUAGUUUGUGGGAUCUGUUUGCUGUCCUUGCCCCCUUUGGACCAUUAAGAAUUCUGGUAGAAACUGCUCAAGAACGAAAUGAACAGAUCUUUCCAUCCCUCAUCUACUCCAGUGGAAUGGUUUAUGCUCUUGUUGCAACAACUACUACAGCUGAUGGGGAGGAAGAAGAACAGCAGGCACCAGCCAGACGCAGGAGAAUAGAAGAAAACUCACAAGAGAAUAGUGCCAUGGCUUCAGGAAGCGCUAGGCCUGAAGCUAGAGAUACUGGCGGCCGAAGGAAAGGAUCGGCUGGCCGGCCGAGGGAGCAUGGUGGACGUCAGGACGAACUUGAUGGGUUUACCGAGGGAUGGGGACAAGAGAAUCCACAGAGUAGGGAAGAAUCGCGAGCACAGCGAGUUAGAGAAUGGAUGGAAGAACACCCUGAGGAGCAUAGAGCCCACCUUGCUAGACAACGCCAACAACAACAACAGCAGAUGGAGGAGGAUGAUGAGGAUAGAGGAGUAAAGCUUGGUUUAGGAGAUUUUAUCUUCUACUCCAUCCUGGUUGGAAAGGCUAGUAGUAAUGGUGACUGGAAUACUACCCUGGCAUGCUUCGUGGCAAUUCUGAUUGGACUCUGCUUAACCCUUGUCUUCCUAGCUUUGUUCAGACGCGCCCUGCCUGCUCUGCCCAUCUCCAUCACUUUUGGUCUUAUCUUCUACUUCCUCACCAGCGAGAUAGUGUCUCCUUUCUGCAAUGUUCUCUCAGCUGAUCAAAUAUUCAUCUAAAGACCGCGGUAUUCUUACUUCUGGAAUGUACUGACAGCUAAUCAAAUAUUCAUCCAAAGACCGCGUUAUUCUUACUUUUAAAAAUUUUCUGUCAGCUGAUAAAAUAUUCAUAAAAAACGCACUUUAAAUCAGAAAAAAGCUUCUAACCAUCCGUUUGAUGGCUGGGAUAGCUGAAAUUCAUGAAAUAUACCUAAAUAAUCGAUAACCAUGAUUAAAUCAACAAAUUUUAAAUAUUAAUAACAGUUUACACAAAUUCGAAAAGAUGGGUAGAGUGCUUUUUUCAACAUUGCUACUAUUUUUUAUCGUUCUAAGUUUGUUUUAAGAGUAUAUGGUGUUUCAGCUUUUACCCGUUCUUUGUUAUUUUAUAGGAAUUUCUUUGUAUACUCUAAAAAGAAAUUUGGCUCGAAAUAGAAAUAGUACCACUUAACAACCUUUCCUAGAUUCAAGACAAAAACAGAUGAUCUCUUUUUCUUUAUCUGUUUUAUCUGUAUUUGAUGGCGACGGUAUUGAGAAGUGCUCUAACAAUAUUGACAAUUACCUCUCUCCACCAUACUUCAGACAAUCCAAUAUAAGUUGAUAGCAGCCCCCCGGUCCAUAUUUUAACCCAGAAACUAAUACACAAAUAAUUAAUUAUUAUUAUUAUUGCAAAUAUUCUGCAUGAUAAAACUUUUCAUUAUAGUUUGAUUGAUUAAUUGUCAUUUGAUUCAUUAUUGCAUUUACGUUGUGAUAUGUUUUGCUUGUAUUAAUGUUUUAUCUAAUUGAUUAAAUUUAUUUUCUUAAUA